AUGACCCGUGUGAAGAAAACAUUGUACCUUCUUCCGGGCGAAAUCCCACCUCACCGCAAUACCAAAUCCAACCGAUUCAUCACCAAAAAUAACUCCAAGAACGAAUGGUUUGACGGGAAGAUUGGGACAUGGCACUUUACCGACACCGUUCCGGCGCAACAUUCAAGCCGCAACCGACGAAGUGGAGCACUUGUCACGAUCCCCAAGACUGUGACCCGGGAGGCUUACCGGAAUAUGCUUGUCAACAACGUCUUACCUGCGAUCAAGGCAAAGUGGCCACAGAACACUAAUACUCGUGUGUACCUGCAGUACGACAACGCGCGGCCUCAUGUCCUUACGUCCGACAAAGUUGUCAUGGCUGCGUGCAGGUAUGCCAACCUCCCAAUUCACCUGAUCUAA